AUGGCAACCUUGAGAGUGUUUGUUGUGUUCGUUCUCUUUAUUCUGAACAUUCAUCACUCUCAUUCUGAAAAGAGCACAUGUCCAUCAGAAAAUGAUCAACCCAUGUUCAUAUUUGGAGACUCUCUAUAUGAUUCUGGAAACAAUAACUACAUUAACACCUCCCCAAUUUUCCAAGGAAACUUCCCUCCAUAUGGACAAUCUUUCUUCAAGUAUCCCACUGGAAGACUGUCUGAUGGACGUUUGAUCACAGAUUUUAUUGCUGACUAUGCAGAGUUUUCACAUAUUCCUCGGUUAUUCUUAGACCCUAGACGGCUUAAUUCAUAUACUAAUGGAGUCAACUUUGCAUCUGCUGGAGCUGGAGCUUUGCCUGAAACUAAUCCAGGAUUGGUAUUCCUUUCCCUGAUUUCUGAAAUUCUCUGUUAA